AUGACCCCCUCUGGACCUUCUCGCGACAACCCAGACCGCCCUCACACCGCCCGCACCGCCUCCAACGAACACAACUCUCUCAAAUACCAUCUUCUAGGCCCUUCGCUCACCAAAGCUGGACAGGAUUCCGUCGACCAGACAAAGGUCUCUGAAAUCAUAUACAACGCGUCCAAGGGCUCCAAAUUCUUCAACAAUGAGGAAGCCAAGGACAAAAACCUCACCGAGAAGAUUAGCAAAAUCCUGGCAAAGCGAAAACAGCUGGACAAAUUGGACUUGACGUCCGACCUGCGUAGAGCCGACGACUACAUUGCCGAACUUGAAUUGAGUAGAGACCUCAGCCAGGUGGUAGUCCAUCUCGACUGCGAUGCGUUUUAUGCCGCGGUCGAGGAGCUCGAUCGUCCGGAACUGAAAGAUGUUCCGUUUGCUGUGGGGAAAGGGGUCUUAACAACAUGCAACUAUCAUGCAAGGAAGUUUGGCUGCCGUUCGGGCAUGGCAGGGUUUGUGGCUAUGAAACUUUGCCCACAGCUCAUUUGUGUGCCCAUGAACUUUCAAAAGUACAUGGCCAAAGCAGAAGAGGUCCGCCAAGUACUGGCCCUCUACGACCCUGGCUUUGAAAGUGCCAGUUGCGAUGAGGCCUACCUCAACCUCACAGAGUACUGCAAAGAGCAUCAUCUGACUCCGGAAGAGGCAGUCAGCCAGAUGCGCGCAGAUGUCUUUGAGAAGGCUAAAAUCACUGUGUCCGCUGGUAUUGCAGCCAACGCAAAGCUUGCAAAGGUUUGUUCGAACAUCAACAAGCCCAAUGGGCAGUUUCUCCUUCCCAGCGACAGACAGACAAUCAUGGAGUUUAUGAGAACGCUUCCGACACGCAAGGUGAACGGCAUCGGCCGUGUUUUCGAACGAGAGCUUGACGCCGUAGGGGUCAAAACAUGUGGAGACAUCUAUGCCCACCGCGCGUGCCUAGCCAAGCUCUUCGGGCAAAAGGCAUUCCAAUUCCUGAUGCAGUGCUACCUAGGCCUAGGCCGCACAGUCAUCAAGCGCGCCGAAGACUACGAGCGCAAGAGCGUCGGCACUGAGACCACCUUCAAGGAACUGCAAUCACCCGACGCUCUACGCGGUAAGCUUCGCUACAUUGCCGAAGAACUAGAAGGCGACCUGAAGCGCACCGAAUAUAAAGGCCGAACCCUCUGCAUCAAGAUCAAACUCCACACGUACGAAGUGCACACUCGACAAACCACCCCUCCCUUUGCCGUCCACAAAGCAGACGACUUGUACAAGUACAGUCUCCCCAUGCUAGAAAAACUCAUGAAAGAGAUUCCAAGUAUGAAGUUACGACUAAUGGGCUUACGCGUCACACACAUUAUCAGCACAAAGAAACCAGGCAUCGACUUCUUCGGCCGCGCAGCAGCAAAACCAUCCACAACCGCAACCGCAACCAAAUCCACCACGCCAAAAGACGACGCAGCAGCCUGGGAAACCUGGCCAGAAGAAGAAUUCGAAGAAGCAGCUCGCCAAGAACGCAACGACGAGAUGAAUGAGCUGGAGAAAUUAUCCCAGGAACAAGACCAGCAAGAAACGACGACUCCAGAACCCACGUGGGCCUGCCCUAUCUGCAGUAUCCCCCAACCACCAGACGACACGAGCUUCAACGCGCACAUCGAUUACUGUCUGUCAAAACAGACGAUCAAGGAAGUUGUAAAGUCUACUACUGCGCCGCUGCCACUACUGGACAGGCAGAACAGCGCCGCAAAGACUGGGCUGAAAAAGGGAGGCGGUGGUGGUGGUGGUAACAAGCGCGCGAGAACAAAAGGUGAAACGCAGUCCGGGUCUGAAGAGCAAGCGAGAGAGAAGCGGCGGGCGUUUUUCUCACUGGGUAAUGGGUGA